AUGUUGCGACGACUUACGUUCUUAACGGUCUUUCCUCUCGUAUCAUUUGCAGGAAGUGAUGAAAUAUUCACAGGUGAAGGAACGUCGUAUACGCUUGGCCAAGUAUCAAGUGGGAACUGUAACUUUAUGUAUGAUCCUGGAGUUGGUGAAAAUUAUGCCGCUUUGAACAAUGAACAGUGGGAAUCGACUCACAAUUGUGGUCGCUGUGCUCAAGUUUCUUGCGAUGACCCUCGAUGUAGUGAUACGACCAGCACAGAGAUCGUAUAUCUUGUUGAUAGGUGUCCUGAAUGUAAAGCCGGCGAUCUCGAUCUCUCUCCAACAGUUUUUAAAAAACUCACAGGAAGUGAUCCAUCUCGAUACAAGAUUAAGUGGUCAUUUGCAGCAUGUCCUGUGCAAGGCAAUAUCAAAUAUUGUACCAAAACUGGUAGUAGUAACGCAUGGCUGGCCAUUCAACCAGCGAAUUUUGCGACUGGUAUCGCUAGUGUCAAGAUUGCAAACCAAGACGUGACGAUGGUGGAUUCGUGCUACUAUUAUUUACUCGUUAAAGGCUCGAAUGUUGAAAUGUCGGCGGUAAAUGUCGAGCUCACGUCCACGACAGGUGAAACGAUAACUGAAAAAGUGAACCUUACGGUCAAUGCGUGUAUUGAUGGAAUGUUAAACUUUGGAAGCAGUACGCAACAAGAACAAGUUGAACAAGUCUCGCUGCCUCCAGCUGCCCCUCCGACGCCUCCAGCUGCCCCUUCGACGCCUCCAGCUGCCGCUCCAGCUCCAUAUGCCGCUCCAGCUCCAUAUGCCGCUCCAGCUCCAGAUGCCGCUCCAGCAUCUCCAGCCGCCGCUCCGACUCCUCCAGCUGCUACUCCAAUGCCACCUGCUAACCCCGAGAUGUUCAAUUUCGAUAACUCGAAAGGCCUUGACUCCAAAGCUGGAAUCGUGUGGCCAGUGGAUCAAUCAGGAACAAACAGUGACUUGUCUACAUUGCGGUUUGGAUUGGACCAGAAACCAUUGCCUGAAACGCGACCCCGAUUUAAUUUAUUAGAUCGAGAAAAAUUUAAUGCUGGAAAGGUGACAACAAUAUCAGAUGCUACGCAGACUGAUCAAAGUGAUACGAAUUACAAUGCUGGCGAAGUAAUUGUGCCCGUUGAUGACAAAAGUGACGUGUCGAUUCUAAAGUCUGAUCAAAGCACCGUUGAAACCGCUGAACAAAAUGAUGGUGAUACUCCAGAGCAAAUAUAUACCAAGUCUGCUGCAAAGUCAUCCGGCACAAGUCCAAUAAUUAUUGCACUCAUUGUUCUAGCUGUUGUAGGUGUCAUUGCUCUGGGUGCUAUUGUAUUUGCUGUGAAAAAGAAGCAACUUGAAGACAAACGCAUUGAUCGUGACGAAGCGAUGAUUCGAGCCUUCGAUUCGUUUAGCUCGCCUGUGGAAAUAAAUACGACCAAUAUCGCCAGGAUUUAA